AUGCACCUCCAAAAGAAAGAAGGGGUCUGCCCAGGAGGAUUCCCCGUUUCGGAAGCUGAUAGUUCGGGUAGCUCGAUUCUCUCGGGGCUCUCCCGACAGCCUGCCACACCACACCUCGUCAUCUCACGAAAACCACCAAGGAACAACCCACCAUCAACCACCAUCAACCAAACAACAUCCAGCAACCCAGCUGAAACCGAAGACCCGCUCAAGCAGAAAGAUCUUACAGUAUACCCAAGAACAAUCUCACGCCAUACCAAGCAUCAGUCAUCCAAUUUUGGCAAUUUUACCAUACUCAGGGGCUUCAAUACCACCCGUCUCAAUCAAGCCGUUUACAGACGUUUCGGCGAUGAUCAAAACAACAAACCAACUUGGUCACUCACCCCAUCUUCAAAUGGAAAAUAUCGCAGAUGGUCGAAAAAUCAGAACUUUUAUGGUCUUCCUUCGUGGAUUUGGCUGGUCGGCGCUGGCGGUGGCGUUUAUUAUGUGACUCAUUUAGAGAAAGUCGAGUUGACGGGUAGAUGGCGGUUUAUGGAUACCAGCAUUGAAGCUGAAAUUGCUACAGGAGAGCAAGUUUAUAUGCAAACAUUAGCCCAAUUCCGCUCGAAACUCUUGCCCCCCACGCAUCCUACCAGCAGAUUCAUUAGCGGCGUGGCCCAAAAGAUCAUUCAUGCUUCUGAGCUCCCUAGUCACCCCGAUCGAUCAAUCGACCAUUUUUCAAAUUCUUCACCUGAGCUGGGUGACUGGGCUUCGCCCGGAAGUCCGAACUCUUCUAAUCCCGGUCCGGUUUCCGAUUGGAAAAUCCACGUGAUCGAUGAGCCCAAAAUUCAGAAUGCUUUCGUGAUUCCAGGUGGGAAGAUUUUUGUGUUUACAGGGAUUUUACCGAUUUGUCAAAACGAAGCUGGCUUAGCGACUGUCUUAGGACAUGAAGUAGCUCAUCAAGUCUUAAGACAUCCGGCCGAACGAAUGUCUAGCAUGAAGGUCAUCUUCCUCUUGACCACCAUGUUGAGCAUCGUGGGGUUAGACCCUGGUAUAUGUCGUGCUGUUGUCACACUCUUAAUGACACUACCCAACUCGCGUCGGAGUGAGGUUGAAGCCGACCAAAUUGGGCUGAACAUUAUGGCUUCAGCAUGUUAUGAUCCAAGAGAAGCUAUCGGGGUUUGGAAAAGAAUGGAUCAGCAUGAUCGAUCAAGUCGGAUAACCAGAAAAGCUACCGAGUUCCUUCAAACACAUCCCACCCAUGACAGAAGAAUUGAAAAGAUCAUUUCCUGGUUACCCGAAGCUCAGACUCAUUUGGACCGAAACUGUGGCUUUACAAAUAAAGCUUUCCAACAAUAUAAUCGCUGGAAUCCUUGA